GCCACAGCUGCGAGUAUAAAACUUGUCGAAGCGCGAGACCGCGGCGCACAGCACUUUGCGGCCCUAUCACCACCCACCACUAGCCACCAUCCCCGCAGCAUGGCGCUCCACUCGUACACUCUGCUGACGCUGGUGACCCUAGCGGCUCUGGUCGCAGCGAGAGCGCGCACCGACGAAGUCCUCGCUGACAGCGAACUCGUUCUUACGGUCUUGAUUCACCGACACGGAGAUCGCACGCCCCUGGAAGGCACACUAGAGUUAAGUACCGACGUGGACGCGGUGCGAGAGGCCUCCGAGCCCUACGGAUACGGAGAACUCACCAAUGUGGGCAAGCAGACCGCGUACCGGCUCGGCCAGUCCAUCCGCAAGCGUUACGGCAGCCUCAUUUCAGCGCAUUACAACUCGUCCGAGAUCUACAUUCGUUCGACGGACUCCACGCGCGCCCAAAUGACCGUGCUCACCGCCAUGGCGGCCGUGUACCCCACCGGUGAUGACAACUGGAGCGACUCUCUCCCCUGGCAGCCCACCCCCUACACCAUGGUGCCUACUAAAUACGACCCCAACGUCGCCACGUCAAACUGCCCCCCAGUCGCAAAAGCUUUCGCCAGCAAGAUGUUGUCGACCUCACCGGCGAUGAAGCGCUACACGGAGGUGCUGAACCAGUGGUCGGAGCUGAUCGACACCAAUAUCACCGCCAUGCCGACGCUGGCCUAUACCUACUACGACGUUUACAAAAGUCAGAUCAGCCUCGGCGUGCCGCUAACCGAUGAGUUGCAGGCGCUGCUGCCGCAAAUCAAGGAAGUCGCUGGCGAAGCCAUAGACGUGUUAUUGGGUAAUGACAACUACUUGGCGCUGGAGGCCGGUGUGUACAUGCAUGAUGUCGUCACGGCGAUGACCUCGGCAGCAAGCGGCGACGUGUCGCAGCCCCUGCGCAUCUACUCCGCGCACGAUCUUAAUGUGUACUCGGUGAUGGCAGCGACGCGCAUCACGCCGCGCCAGGGCGUGCCACCAUACUGUUCUUCAUUCGCAUUGGAACUGCGCAAGAGCACUGAUACUGGUGCUUAUGUUGUGCUGCCGGUGUACCAGAGCUCGCCGGACGCCGAGUUAAUGUACCUGCCGGUGGAGGGGUGCAGCGCGCUGCUGUGUCCGCUCGACGAGUUUGUCUCCAUCACGGCGCCCUUCGUGCUGGACGAGGACACGUGGCGCGAGAAGUGCGGCUAAACCUAUGACUCCAGCACCGCUCAAGUCCUAAAUGACCACACACUUAUUUAAUAUCUUAUAACAAAUCGGAUGAGUAGGAGUCACAAGGUGAUAAUAAUUAGUAUUCAGGCUGCUAACAUCCCAAUGAAAAAAUCAUAAAAUAAAAUAAUCUAAAGCUCCGUCUUUAAGACAGAUUAAAUGAUUGUACUUGAUAAGAUUGUAACAGUGAUGCAGUUUAUAUUGUGUAUUAUGCUCUCAAUUGAAGUUUCCAUUCUUCAUCCUUUGAUUCCUAAUCCUUCAUUGUAUAUAUUAUGGUGUUCACGAUAUUAUGUUAAUGUAAUAAGUGUACGUAGAUGAUAAUAUUGUCUUUAAUUUUGGCUUUGUAUCUCAUUUUAAUUCAAGAAAUAAAUUCCUGACGUAAUAUUGUGCCAUGCUAACA